AUGUCAAACUACACAUCCACCUAUCCAACCGACACAAAAGUCGAUCCCGGAAUCAAAACAUUUUUUGAAGAGUUCUACAAGAUCUCGGAUACGCCUAAUGCACAUGACUUAUAUGCUCAACAGUUUACGAAAGAUGCGGUUUUGGUGAUGGCUAGUAAGAGGUGUGAGGGAUCAGAUGAAAUCUUAACAUUGAGAAAGGGGAUGUGGGAGAAGGUUGCUGCUAGACAUCAUAAUCCGCUUAAGAUAUUCCCGUUUGGGAGUGGAAGCGAGGAGUUGAUGUUGCAUGGAACAGUAGAUUAUGAGUUGAAAGAUGGGAAGAAAGCUAAAGUUGAUUGGGCAGCUAAAGCGGAUAUGGCCAAGGAGGAAGGGAAAUGGAAGAUGAAGUUCUAUCAGGUGUAUUUGGAUACUGCUGCUAUGGCAAAUGCCAAAUAG